AUGGAUAAUUCUCACUUGUAUAAUAAGACUACAAAGUUGUCUGAACUUUUGGAUUUAGCCCUCGGAACACCAGAUCCAGGGUCCGUUAACUUUGGAAUUCUUUAUGUCAUACUCUCCCACAUUAUACGGCACUUGAAGCUCAGUGAUGAGGAGACAGUUGUAGAAAAAUCUUCAUAUGAACGUCAACCAAAUAAUGAUGUCAAAUUGUCAGCUUAUGAUCUAACGCCAGGCUUUUUUCACAACGUUCAGAAAAGACUAUCAGAUGUAGAAUUAAAGCUUCAAUUACUGAAUUCUUUACCGAAUAAUAAAGAAAUUAUUGAUUCAAUUUUGAAUGAAAACACUGAAAAGCCUGUAAAGACAACAAACAAUAAUCUUAAUAAUAAUAAUAAUAAUGAGAAACACAGCGAUUUACAAACUGACUCAGGUGUACCACGAAAAGUUACUAAUCUAUGGCAAACUGUACAAACCAAUAAACGGUUGGAUGCUACAGAAGAAGGUCUUCAUAGAUUAAGUUCAUUGACAGACGACCUACUAGAACAGAUCAAAAAAUUGUCUGAACAGAAUAAAUUAUUGAAAGCAUCACUGGAAGAAGCGUUAGUCAAUUCAGCGUUAAAGGAUCAAUUGGCUGAACUAACAAGGAAAUUGGGCGAAAUUGAAAAACGUCAGAAUCAAGAGGCCAGUCUUCUGCAGAAUGUAGUACAUAUGGAUGCAUUACGUGGACUCGUGUUUUGGCAUACUUUGGGGAAAUCUAUCACUGGAAUCGAUUAUUUAACUGCCUGUGCACAAGUCAACAGUAAACCACACCCUACAAACACGGAAAACGAUAUGAAAAAUGAAUCGAUACUGCUGACAAAAUGUUUACCAGAAGAAUUUCUUGAAUGUCCUGAUCCUGAUCUGUCGUCUACACUACGUAAACUUGGCAGUGUUGCAUCGGGAUUCGAUUCUGUAGUGAAUCGAGUUGAACAGCUUGAAACACUGAUGAAACAAAAAGCUGACCGUAAUGAAUUAGACGGUUUGGGUGUACCACCAGAAUUGUAUGAAAAGAUUUAUAGCUUAGAGGCUAUUGUAUCAGAACUAGCCAAAGAAAGAGAGAAGGUAUAUGUAGAUUGUGGGACAUCACCGCAUAUGCCGUAUCCUUCUGAUAAUAAGAAAUUAUUAAAGAAAUUACAAGAUACAAUGGGAGUGCUACAAGAACAAAUAAAUCAUUUGAAUAAUACCUUGUCGAAUGUUCAAUCCCAGUUUAAAAAGGUUUAUGAAACUGUUGAGGAUGUAAAACAAUACGCUGAUGACUUAGAAACACGUAAAGCUGACGCAAGUUAUGUUGACUUGCAGCUUGAGAAGAAAGCCAACUGUGACGAUGUGAAGAAUUUCCUUAGUAGAUCAGAAUUCCAAAGUACAAAUCAAACUUUGAAAGAACUUAUCGAAGAUCUGUUUGGAAAGUUAACGGCUGCAGAGAAUGAAUUGAAGUCCUUAUUGAAUGAUCUUCAGGAAGCAAUGGAAAACAAAAUGGAUCGUGAUGAAAUUGAUCAGCUGAGAGAAUGGCUGGAGAAACGAUUUAAAUCGUUGAAUAAACGUUUCAAUUCAUUGAAUAAUGACAGUCUACUUCCGCCUGGACAAGUAACAGACGACGCAGCUGGUUUACGACGUAGUCUUAUGCAACAUUUCCAUUGUAUCUCAUGUGAUCGCCCGCUAGAAGUGGCACUUAGUCAAGAGCAUUUAACUAAUUUCUCAACUGAUAAUCGAGGAUUUCCUGUCAAUAAAUCAAUAAGACCAUAUACGACAUUCGACUUGGAAAGUCUACGUCAUCAUAUUCAAUCACGAGCGACCAAUAAAAGUUUUUAUAUAAAUCCACCAUAUCGACGAUCAAAUUGUAAUUAUUAUGAUGUUUAUGGUACACCGAGACAAUGUGGUGGAACAUAUACAACUGUCCCAUCGUCUAAACUGAAAGCACGUGCAACAACAUGUAAAAGCUCAUUUCGUGAGAAUGAUGGUAAUACUACGAAGUCUUCCAUACAAUAUACUUACAGGGAAACACUCGACUUACAAGGUAUGGAUGGACAUAUCUAUCGUGGUUCACCUAUCCAAGAAAGUCAACGUGGCCCACUGCCGACAUCCAGAGGUAUCGACUCACCAACACGCCAACACGCCAUGUCAAAAGAUGAUGACUAUAUUAUGUAUAGGGAUAUUGAUAAGGGUGAAAAACUGCCUCCAGUUACAAAAUCUGCAUGUUAUGUAAAUACAGUAGCAAAUAAAUCACAGGUUGCCUAUAAAUUCAUUGGAUCAGAGAAACGCGAGAAAAGUCAAUCACCACAACGCUUAAAACGUGUGAAUUCAGAAGAAUUUCAAGUGAGCCAGUCAAGUCCAACCAGAGUUGAUCAGCUACCUCAGUUAAUCGUCGGUUCCACACAACUACCGCCUAAUCAACGUUUAAAGAAAAUCCAGCCAGUUCAACCAAACUCGAAAUCAGUUAGUGAUCAUGUCACUGUGAAGCCUAAUGGUUAUGCUGUAAUUGUGGUGCCGAAUACUGGCAGUGUGGAAGAAGUAACUUCAGAUUUGAAAGUGAAUAAAUCAGAGAAUAAUUGGACAGUUGAGAAGUCCAGUGGUGAUGAGCUAAACGUCAGUGUGUCACCAACUUAUAUGAGUAAUGAUGGGAAGGAUAAUUCAGUCCAUCCAAGUCCAACUACAUUCGAUAAUGAUGAUGGCGGUGACGAAACUGAUGAAGUUGGAGAAGUUGAAAAAUAGAGUAUUUAAAAAGAAAAAUACAAACAUUCCUGUAAUUUUUGAAGAUAUUAGUAACAAAAGAUUUAUUCACCUAGAAGAAGAUAUUGUUGGAUUUGAAUAAAUAUUUUUGAUUCAUUUCUAUACACACAUACACACACACACACGAAAACAUAUAAAACUUCACAA